CGCUCUUUUUACUCUCUUAAAGUUUGGUAUAUCUUAGUCUUUUCGCGUACAGGUGAAGCUGAAAAAAAGACAGCAUUUUCACUUCUAAUUUUGUUCCAAGUUGCCUAGUUGGACUGAAAUUGACAAUAGCAAUGUAGAGGAAGUUGCCAUACAAAAGGCACCUAAUAAUUCUCCGUUCACUCAAAGCAAAAAGUAAACGUGUCAUACAAUUAUAGGUAACUUCAUUAGGCAAAUUUGGUCAUCAAGGUGGCUAUUGUACCUAUAAAAGGACCCUCUCUAUAACCGCAAAUCAUUCAUUCAUAGAAAAGAAUAUUUUUAUCAUCUAUUCAGAGUUCCUCAAGAUAAUCUCUCAAGAUGCAGAUCUUUGUGAAAACCCUGACCGGAAAGACCAUCACCCUCGAGGUGGAAAGCUCCGACACCAUUGAUAACGUUAAGGCUAAGAUCCAGGACAAGGAAGGAAUUCCACCAGAUCAGCAAAGAUUGAUCUUUGCCGGAAAGCAGCUUGAUGACGGCCGUACUUUAGCCGAUUACAACAUUCAGAAGGAAUCCACCCUUCACUUGGUGCUCCGUCUGCGUGGUGGGAUGCAGAUCUUUGUGAAGACCCUCACUGGGAAGACAGUCACCCUUGAGGUGGAAAGCUCCGACACCAUCGACAACGUUAAGGCCAAAAUUCAGGACAAGGAGGGUAUCCCGCCAGACCAGCAAAGGCUGAUUUUUGCUGGUAAGCAAUUGGAAGAUGGCCGUACCCUGGCUGAUUACAACAUCCAGAAGGAAUCCACCCUUCACUUGGUAUUGCGUCUCCGUGGUGGGAUGCAGAUCUUUGUCAAAACCCUCACUGGUAAAACAAUUACUCUCGAGGUUGAAAGCUCUGACACCAUUGACAAUAUUAAGGCUAAGAUCCAGGACAAGGAAGGCAUUCCCCCAGACCAGCAAAGGUUGAUCUUUGCAGGCAAGCAGCUUGAAGACGGCCGUACCCUUGCUGAUUACAACAUCCAGAAGGAGUCAACCCUUCAUUUGGUACUCCGUCUUCGUGGUGGGAUGCAAAUUUUCGUGAAGACUUUAACUGGAAAGACAAUCACCCUCGAGGUUGAAAGCUCCGACACCAUUGACAAUGUCAAGGCCAAGAUCCAGGACAAGGAAGGAAUCCCCCCAGACCAGCAAAGAUUGAUCUUCGCUGGAAAGCAGCUUGAGGACGGCCGCACCCUUGCUGAUUACAACAUCCAGAAGGAGUCCACCCUUCACUUGGUCCUUCGUCUUCGCGGUGGGAUGCAAAUCUUCGUGAAAACUUUGACUGGCAAGACCAUUACCCUUGAGGUGGAAAGCUCCGACACAAUCGACAACGUUAAGGCCAAGAUUCAGGACAAAGAGGGCAUCCCACCAGAUCAGCAAAGGUUGAUUUUUGCUGGUAAGCAGUUGGAAGAUGGACGGACACUGGCCGAUUACAAUAUUCAGAAGGAAUCGACCCUUCAUCUUGUGUUGAGGCUAAGGGGAGGUAUGCAGAUUUUUGUGAAGACCUUGACUGGGAAGACCAUCACUUUGGAGGUGGAGAGUUCUGAUACUAUCGACAAUGUGAAGACUAAGAUUCAGGACAAGGAGGGCAUUCCCCCAGACCAGCAGAGGCUGAUCUUUGCAGGGAAGCAGCUCGAAGAUGGAAGGACUCUGGCGGACUACAACAUCCAAAAGGAGUCUACUUUGCACCUUGUCCUCCGUCUCCGUGGUGGUUUCUGAAAGGGUCUGCUGUUGUUGGCGUCUGGGUCAUUUGCUGCUGUUGCUUUGUUGCGUUCAUGAACUAGUCUAUUUUCUUUUUAUCUUGUAAUGUGUCUUAAGAGAGUCAAGAAUUACUCGUGAACUCUCAUGUUUCUGUUUUAGUGAAUAAUUAUGCUAAAGAUUUGAGGUUUAAAACUGUUUGGCCUUGGAACUUUUUCUUGUUUGCAAUCUAUGAGAAGACUGAUCUUGAAGUUUGAUCUUU